AUGGAUUUGGGUCGUCAUGAUAUUGUGCUGUACGGUGCCACCGGUCGAGAUUUGCAACAUGUGCCCCUGAUUGUUGCCAAUAGUUUCGAUGAGUCGACGUUGUCUGCGAUGGCAAAACAGGCGAAGGUCAUCAUCAACGUUGUGGGACCUCGGAAACAAGCCAUUGAUGAACUUCCAGGUCGAGAUUUGCAACAUGUGCCCCUGAUUGUUGCCAAUAGUUUCGAUGAGUCGACGUUGUCUGCGAUGGCAAAACAGGCGAAGGUCAUCAUCAACGUUGUGGGACCUUACCGAUUGUACGGCGAACCGGUCGUAAGAGCGGCUGUUGAGAAUGGCGCAAGUUAUGUGGAUAUUUCCGGCGAACCCGCGUUUCUGGAAUCGAUGCAAAUGAAGUACAGUGAAUUGGCACGCGAGAAAGGCCUGUACGUGGUGGGUGCAUGUGGCUGGGAUAGCAUCCCUUGUGAUUUGGGCGUCAACUUCCUCAAAAACAAAUUUGACGGCCAGCUCAACCAUGGUUACUCAUUCAAUGCGGGCACGUACCGAACACUGGUUCUGGGCAUGGCAAACAUGCAUACUGAUGGAUUGGGUAAAAUAAGGCGCAGCAUUAUGCCUGAGAAGUUGCCGCGGAGCUCAUUUCGGCCCCAGAAAAGGGGGACGCUGUGGUAUAAUGAAAAGAUCGGUGGAUGGUGUCUUCCAUUCUAUGGGUCGGACAAAAGUGUCGUUACGAGAUCCCAGUACUUCGAUUAUAAGCUUCACAAUGUGCUGCCGGUAAGUAAAAUCCUUUUAGUGCAGUACAAGAGAAAAACCAACAUUUGCCCGCAAUUCUUGUUUGUAAUUUAUUAAAA